AUGGGCUCCAGCUCCAAGAAAAAGAAGGAGAAACAGAAGGAUUUCCAAAAAGCGAAACUAAAAGUCGGCAAAACCAAAGCCAAACCCGACAACUUCACCGACACCAGCUUCAAAGCGAAGAGCAUAACCCUAACCCAACAAUCCCUCACCCUGACCGCCCCAACCACCACCACGCAAUUCACGCACCACGUCUCCCUGCUGGGCUCGAAGUCCGACGCCCAGCGGCGCGACUCCCUCGCCCACCUGACGACGCACCUCACCCACAGCCGCCCCGGGGGAGGGCCGCUCCCGCAACCCGUAAGUACCCUCCUCCCGACCCUCUCCCCGCUCAUCCUGGACGGCAACACAGCCGUGCGCACCCAGCUCCUCAAGCUCCUGCGCGCCCUGCCCCCGCGUGACGUCGAGGACCACGUCGCCCAGCUCCUCCCCUUCAUCCGCGCCGGCAUGACCCACCUGGCCGCCGACAUCCGGGUCACGGCCGUCGAGGUGCUGGCGUGGUUGGUCGAGGUUGCCGGGUCGGAAGUUGUGGGCUGCGCCGGCGGCUGGAUCAAGACCCUCAAUUGCUUUCUGAGCGUGCUGGGCUGGCAUACCGAGGAGUCGUCCAAGUGGUCGGCGUCGCGCGCCGCGUUUGGGAAAUCUGGGACGGCCGGGCGGCCCGUCGUGAAGGUGCUGGGCGUGUUGGCCGAGUUUUUGGAGGUGGGGAUUGGCGCGGAGGCCCCGCAGGAUGGGGAUGUGGUGAUGGAGGAGGGUGUAGCGGUCGGUGCUGCUGGUGCUGCGGUUGGUGCUGGGAACUGGGAGUUCCCGCUGGCGCAGGUGGAGGCGCAUAUGCUGCCCCAGACGGCGCAGCCGUAUGUCUAUCUGAAUCUGUUUGGCCAGCCCAGGGAUGAGGAGGGGGAGAUGUAUGAGACCCGCGAGGAUCGGUUCCGCGUGUUUGCGGCAAGGUUCUUGAAGGCGGUUGAGCGCGGGGUCGAGAGUGCGAGGCAGGAUGGCGGCGAGGUUGGUAGGGCGUCGUCGGCGGUUGGUAAGGUGCUGAAGGAGGCGUUGGGGUAUGCGCGAGGAGCUGGGUUGGAGGUUUGA